AUGGUGUCCCAGACCUGCUAUACCCCUCCCCAUCACGGUCACCACACACACGAUCAAAGACGAUAUAGUAGUCGCGCCGGCCCUCCUUACUUUUGUCACGGCGGUCCAUAUUCUACCGAGCAACGUAGGAGUUACUCUUCUUCGGAGCACCACUCUGCCCACCCCCAUCACGGACAUCACUCGCAAGGGAGAAUAGGCUCAGCAUCUGCUGCACUUGGUGUUGGAGCUCUUAGCAUGUCUGAUCAAGGAUCUUCGUCAGCAAUGGAUGCGGAGUCGCAGCCGCAGAGGAAGAGGAUUGCUGUUGCUUGCGGACGUUGUCGCAAACGCAAGAUCAGAUGCAGCGGUGACCCGGGCCAAGGUCAACCCUGUACGAACUGCAAGAAUGCAGGGGUAGAGCAGUGUCUGUUUCUUCGGGUCUCCUCCCGCGACAUUCCCUUGAAGCCCGAUACAUCCUCCGACUUUGGCUACUCCGUCGAUGACGCCCGCCUCUAUGCCAACAAACAUACCAUGAGCCCGGCCUCCCUCCACUACGGCCAACAUCCCGGGGCCGUUGGCAUCGGCAGCCUCCCUGGCACAGCGGAAGAUCCUCUCAUGGCUCAAUACGGUCGUGGUUACGCAUACGGUCACCAUCAAGCUCCGCCGCCGACCAGUCAUAAACAGUACUUCCCUGCCACAGCCUCAUACGCCUCAGCCCCCAACCCCUACGGCGAUCCUACCGCGGUUGGCGUGUCCGGUCAAUUCGGUGAUUAUACUGCAGCGGGAUAUCCGCCAGUACAUGUUAUGGCUCAUGAGACGGUCGGUAUCGUACCUAGUUGGGGUUCUGCUGCCAGAAAGACCCCUUACGGUGGAGUGUACAUGGACUCAGCUCCUGAGUCUUACGGGGGGUACGGAAGCUCGAGCCUCGUCCAUCGCCCGGCACACCAUGGUGCUCAUCACGGCCACGGAACUGCUACAACGGAAUCCCAAUCCCCUAACUUCUCUUUCUCUGGCGUAGCUGCGUCUCUACCAACAACCAGCACCGGCGCCGAUCGGUUGUUGCCGAACCCCACAGCCGGCGCCUCUCGCUCAUCCCUCCCCUACCCCGGCGCAGCUAUCAAGACGUCUCAACCUGGAGUAUCAAGUACACUCGCCGAUGUCGCUGCUUCCGCAACUGCGUACGGGGGUUUCGACGGUCUCCCUGCGUCUUACGGAUCAGCUAGCACCGCCAGCGCUGGUCACUCUUCCUCUGUUCGCUCCCACUCUACCUCUACGGAUACGUAUCACUCGUCUGUCUCGGGAGCAAGCACAGGCGCCGGGGAACCUCAAAGCAUCUUUGGCGAAGAGGGAAGAAGCUUGCAGAGCCAGGGGUCGGCAUUUGACAUGAACACUUAUACCGCGGAACCGCUGCCUUCGGUUUCCACGAGUAACAGGAGGGACUCGGUUGAUGGGUCCUCGGCAGCUGGUAGCGGAGCAUUGGCCAACGGCCUGUCAAAUGGGCAGGCGUACGUGCCUAGUGAGAGUGUGGUGCAGGUCGGCCCUGACCAUCAUGCUGGCCAUCAGGGGGUUUACGAGCAGCAACGUCACCAGGCGCUUGCUGAUGGACACAGGGCUUCUCUUGCGAGCCACCGCUGA